AGAGACCUGCCGCCAAGAUGGCCGGGAAGCGAGAAAGGAAGGAACUCCCACAAUGCAGCGCUCUCCAGGGGCGGGACAGGAAGCGGAAGCGCGUGCGAGCCGAGCCGGGGCCGAGAGGAAAGUCCCAGAAGCCGGCAUUGACAGCAAUCGUCACAGCAAUGGGGUGUUCCAGCAGCACCCAAACGCAGUCUCAGGAGAGCAGCAGGCCAGUGACCAAGACUGGUGUUACCAACGGACUGAAGCAAAGCGCUUCAGAUGGAAACUCUUCAAUCCCACAUGAAAAUGAAAUUUGCCUCGACAAGACAAAACAGUGUGCAGUGGGAGCAAAAGUUGAUGCUAAUGAUGAAACAGGACCAAUCAAUCACCUUCUAGCUGGGGAGCCCAGGGUUGUGAAGCCAUUGGCAACUGAUGGUACUAGUUCCACCUGUGAAGAGGAAUAUCCUGAGAAGGCAGGGUCCCCAGGCUCUGAGGAAAGAGUUCAAGCAGAGUGUCUGAAAUCAGCAGAUAAAGUUAAGAAUCCAGGAGCAUCUAAGGAGUCUGUUCCACCUAUAUCUGCUGGAAAAAAUGAACUUCCAGGAACAGAGGAAAAGGAUAACAGGGAAAUGGAGAAAGGUACUCAGCCUGUAGGAAAAUUUGUCGAGAUUGAAAUAUUUGGAACUAUAAAGGAGAUCAAGCCACUGAUAACAGCUAGUGAAGUAGAAGCCACAGAAACAGGAGAACAUAAUGAGCAUCGAGGAGUGGCUGAAGAAGCUGAUCCCCAAAGAACAAUGAAGGAGAAUAAGCAUCUGAUAACAUCUGAAGAAGCUGAACCUCAAGAAACAGUCGAAGAUAUUCAGUGCGUAGAUACUGAUAGAAAGACAGUAGUGUCGGAGGAGAACAAUUAUGUGGGAACAGCUGGAGAGACUGAAACUUCAGGAACACUGGAAGAGACUGAACAUGAGAGAAUCGCUGAAAAGACCAAAACUGAAGGAACAGGUGAAGAAACUGAGCAUGAGGAAACAGCUGGAAAGACUGAACCUUCAGGAACACACGAAGAGUCUGAGCAUGAGGGAACAGCUGGAGAGAACAAAACUUUGGGAGUGAUGGAAGAGACUAAGCAUGAGGGAACAGCUGGAGAGACCAAACCUUCAGGAACAAUGGAAAAGGUGACUGUAACAGGUGAAAAGAACAACUUUCAGGGAACAGUUGAAGAUAAUGAAUUUCCAGAAAUACUGGGGGAGGUUCAGCCUCUUGGAGCUCCUGGAAAGAAUAACUACUCCAGAACAGCUAGAGGCACUGAACCUCCUGAAAGAGUGGAGAAGACUCAGUUGGUAGAAGCAGUUGGAGGCAUUAAACCUCCCCAAAUAGCUGAAGGGACAGAGGAAAACAUGAAGCCAUUGAUGGAAGUAGCCAGGAAAAUUAACAUGAAUGAAGAGAAGCAAGCAAUUGAAGGUGAGACGGGAGAAAGGGUGGAAACUGAGACGCACAGUGAGAUAGUGAGUGAGGGCUCUGAAACAAAGGAAGAAGAAACGGGAGAAGCUGUGGAUACUACUGCAGCCACAGAGACAGAGUUAACAAAUAGCAAGAAAUAAGAUCCAGAUGCUACCUGUGCAGAUUCUACACUCUUCAUCUUGUUCAGCUGUUUAAGUGAACAUCAUUUUACAAUCUUUUGACUUUUGGGGGUGAGAUGGGAAUAUAAUAUCAGAACUUUACAGAGAAUUUAUAAGCUUUUAUAAUUGUUAAAAAAAAUUUGCCACAAAAAAGUCACCUUUCAAGAAUUCUUCAAAAGUUGCCAAGAGACUUUGACAAGUAGUUGCAUAUGUACAUUUUCACUUAUCUGCCACAGAGUGCCUUGUAUAUGUUAAUAUCCAAUUAGAAUUAUGUUUUUGAAACAUUUUUGUCUGGAAUGUAAAUAUAUUUUGUAUCUUUUCAAAUUUGA